UGCGAGUUGGUAACAUUCUCAGAGGAUUCCGUCAUCGUCUUUUUUUUUCGUGGUUGGCGAUUUUUAUCAUGUCGCAGGACCGGGGGAAGGAUUCGGUAGACUCGCUCACGACCGCCCGACAAGGUCAUAACACGAAGACGUUUGACUCGCCGUUCAAGGUCGACCCGACAGUCGACGGCAAGCGGGACGACCCGGUGUGGCAUUUCCAAAAAGAUGAGAGUGUGAAACACAUCUUCUGGAUUCCUUGCGUCGCCCACAUCAUGGAUCUCAUUCUCGAGGACAUCGGCGGGAUUGAUUGGGUGGCUUCCCGCAUUUCUCAAGCGAGGCUGGUUAAAAGGUUCUUCAAGCGCUAUGGACAUGCGAGAGAGGUUUUUGAGGCGCACUCGACGAGGACUCUUCUGCUACCGGCGGAGAUGCGUUUCGGCACGAACGUCAUCAUGAUGGAGAGGCUGGUGGCACUGCAGGCCGCGUUGACAGAUGUUGUGGCCAACGAUCGCUGGUGCGAGACUGUUUGGUCGACCAGCAAGAUCCGCAAGGAUGCAGCGGAGGUCACUCCAUGUAUCGGCUCCCCUCCAUGGUGGGAGGAUUUGAGAGCUUUGUGCAAGAUGCUAGAGCCCAUCAUGGGCAUGCUGAAGUUGGUGGACAACGACACACGCCGGAUCAGCAAGAUUCUGCGACAUUACGAGGAAAUGAUUGCAUCUUGUUUAUCCGCAUGUCGUGACAUUGAUCGGGAGCAGCAGGACGCUAUUGUGGAGGUGUUCCACAGGCGGCGCACCAUGUUCAAGACCCCCGCCAACACGGCAGCCAUGCUGCUAGAUCCAGAGUUCCGGGACGCGACGCUUUGUGACGAUGCGGAGGUGCAGCAGGCCUUGGUCGAGGCCCUUGUCCAGUUCGGCUACCCGGAGGAUUCGCCGCAGCACCGGGAGGUCCAACGAGAGGACCCGGUUGCCGUGUCAGAGGACGAGAUGGGAGAUCCUUCCAACGAGACGCAGCGCGACCCAGUUCAUGCAGAGGAGCUAGCCUCGAACACUGAUGUGAUAGUGAUGGAGGAGGAUACAGGGUUCAAGAUCACUCAUCCCCGGUCGCCAGCGCCGGUUGUUGGCACAGAGGAGGAGACGGAGUUCAGAGGACCCGGUCCACUCCGCCAGGCGCAGACUCGGUGCACUCCAGCAGGCGCCCCAGUCCACUCCACAGGAGCGGGUUUGGAGGACGGCGAGGCACGACGUGAGCCGCCUCCUCACACGAGUGACGGCGGUCUAGAGGAGGGAGAGGUUGCACCCACUCCCACUUGUGGAAAGGAYGGGGAGGACGAACGUCCUCCGACAGACCACCACGUCGGCCUCGACUGCCCGCCCGACAGUCUUCCGCCCACCGACGAGCUAUUCACCAUGGAUUCCGCCUUGGCAUCUCUGCCCGAUAUAUCGCUACUGAUAUCUCCUACUUUGCCGGUUGUGGCACCACCGGAGCCUGCUAGACGAGAUGACGCGGGUCGUGACAGAGGAUUCGACGAGUUCGACGGCGACAUGAUACUGCAUCCUCUAGAGUCCGGCACUCCUGCCAUUUUUCAUGUCGGUGCACCGUGGGCAGUGGAGCAGGGGUUGGCGGAGGAGGUAGCACGGAACCGUCGUGGUGGACCGCACGUCGCAGCUCAACGUAGUCUGGAAGGUUCACUAGAGGCAGUGUCUAGAGAUUUUUUGGCGCAGGGGGGUCAUGGUUCGCAGCUGUUAUCGGACGGCGUGUCAUCAGUCCAUCCACCAGAGGAGGGCCCGCAGCAAGAGCCACAUCGAGGGCCAGCGGAGACUUUAGAGGCGAGGCCUCCCGGAGUUAUCCGCUCGGACGCAGGCGAGAGCGUGAGCGAGGAUACAGCGCAGCCAGGGAGCGCAGAUGGUGGACGGUCCUUCAGGGGGGGCAUCGAGCGCAGAGGGUCAUCGACCGCACACCCCAGCAUUGUCAGGCCCAGCACACAUGACGUUGGAGACGGGCACACAGAUGAGCCUCGACCACAUUUGACGGGGAUGCGUGACAUUAUGUGUCCACCACCCUCACGCCCCUCUGCCGCUGAUCCUGCCACCCACGGGCAGGCCGCGCCGAGCGCAUUGCCUACGAGGUCUUUCUACGACGGUGCGGGCAUGGACCGGAGGGCGGGUGAUAUCGGACAGACAUCAGCAUAUGGACCGGCAGAUGUGCCCUCGGAGGCGCGAUCGAUCGGCAAUGUUGAUGGCACUUGUCAUGAUUCCAUGAGAGCUUACGAGGAGCAGCAUGGGAGGCCUAUACGGUCCAAGACGAGCGAUGUCAAUGACACCAGGACGACAACUGCGAGGCUGUCACGGGCGAGGAAGAAGGGAACAGGUGUGUCGAUUCCGUAUCACCGGCGCCGCCUGCAUCCUUUUUUCCGCAACAGGGACGAGACCAAACAGAUGUCAGCUGCCGCAGAUGGACAGGGGGGGGCGGAGGGAGGUGACAGAGUGGACGAAGCAUGUCGAGGUGAGAAGAGACGAGGCGGCACGAUCAUCCUCCACGACGACAGCUCCACAGCCGCUGAGGGCGGUGAGACCACAGGCGCCGACGAUCCUGAUGACUCCGAUUACGUCCCGAGGAUCUGUACGGCGGAUGGAGAUGACGGCGAAGGUCGUCGCGUGAGGAUGAGGACUGGACCUGUCCCGGAUGGUCAUUGCACCCCAGCGGCACAUUUGCCGCCUAUUGAUCGACGGGCGCAAGCUCGUUCUCUGUUGCGCAGACUGGGGGAGCAAAGACAGGCACGAGGGACAUCACUGCCACAUCAGCAGCUGGGGGGGGAAUCCCCAAAGUAGUAAGUCUCUGUACAAUGGUCAAUUAAUGACUAGUGCAGCUAUUGCUCUGCUGGUAUCUAACAUCUGAGAUAUCGAUAAAAUACUAAUAAAACA